UAGAAAUAUUAGUAGUAUAUAAAAAACAUAAACAAAGCGUGUAAAAAUAAUACAUAUUGAUCAUCGCAUGUACAAUAAGUAAAAAUUAAACAAAUUUAAAAGUGUAUUUGUACGUAAUACAUGUAUAUAUGUAUCUACAAGAUAACACUAUAAAAUUCGUGAAAAAAUAUAUUACUGUUCAAAAAAGAAAAAAUAUAUCUGCAUAUGUAUAACUAUUGUUGGUAAAAUAAACCAAUAUUAUAUUGGUUUGUGUGUGAGAACCCUCGACCAGUUUAAGAAUGUAUAUACAUACAGUGAAUCUAUUAAGUAAUUUGCCUAUAGAAAAUAAUUUCAAUGAAUAAAUUGGUUGUCUGUUAAGAAGUUGAAAUACAACUUUUGGCCAAAGCUAAAUAAAAACAAGUAGCUAAACAUACAAGAUCUCUUAGAUGCAUAUUAGUUUUAAACAAGAAUAAAUACAACUCUUACAAUAUAUUGAACUUGAAAAGAAAAUAACUGCAUGAUAUGGUCCGGUAUAAUCACUUAUCAUGGAACCAUGGUGAUGAUACUUAACAAGUUAAGCUAAAAGCAAAGAAAAUAUUUUUAAUAAACAGUAAUUACCUAUGUAUUGUGCAUCUGAAAUAAUUUCAAUCAUCAGCAGUAGGAUAAUAUAUUGAAAACUAUAAAAUUAUAAGAUUCAGGAAUACAAGUUUUGUAUUGAAAAUUAUAUAUGCUUGGAGCAUAUGAGAAUAAUGAAUAAAUUACAAUUUAUAUUUGUGCUAUGUUGUCUUAUCUUCUCAAGUGUAUGCAGGGGAGAUUUUGCUUUACGACAAUGUGAACCAAUAAAAAUCGAUUUGUGUCGAAAUAUUGGAUAUAAUGAGACGUCGAUGCCAAAUUUGGUGGGAAAUGAAUUACAAAGUGAAGCAGAAUACACAUUGCAGACGUUCUCGCCACUUAUUGAAUACGUCUGCAGUUCUCAGCUAAAAUUAUUUUUAUGUGCAACUUACGUACCUAUGUGUACCCAAAAAGUACCGGUACCUAUAGGACCAUGUCGAACACUUUGCGAAAGCGUACGAUCUCGCUGUCACCCAGUUCUUCAAGGUUUUGGUUACCCAUGGCCUCCUGCUUUAGAUUGUCAUCGUUUUCCUAAAGAAAAUAAUCAUGAGACCAUGUGUAUGGAGGGUCCUGGUGAGGUGCAAGAAGCGCCUGCUGUAAAGGAAAUGUAUCCAGCAAAUCCUGCUGUUAACACACCAUUUCAAACAGCUAUAGUUUCCAGCACAUUCGAAUGUCCAGGGCACUCAAAAUUGUACGUGAAACUACACCGGUCUGGACGUUGUGCUCCGCUGUGCGAAGCAAAUAUUCUAUUUGGACCUAGUGAAAAACACCUCGCUGAACUUUGGACACACACGUGGACAUAUGCUGCAGCAGGUUUAUCGAUUUUGGCUAUUAUUUCUUUAUUAUUAUCCGACUCCAGAGCUUUCAAAGUACAAGAAUCUUGUCAAAUAAAAGUUUUGUCAUCAUUAAUGUGGUCGCACACAAUGGUAGCAAUUGGUUGGACAAUUCGAUUUAUUGCUGGUAGGACAGCUACAUCUUGUGGAUUUGACCCUCAGUUGCCGAAUGUGUCUUUACUUUUAGUAGAUGGACUUUCAAAUGCCCCAUGUGCUACAACGUUUAUACUUCGAUAUUAUUUUGGAAUGACGGCAUGUGCAUGGUGGGCAAUUUUAUGUUUAGGAUGGCAUCGUGAUGUUCGUCGUAUAAGUCCCGACUCAUUAGGUCACAUGACUCUUGGAACAAGUGUUUAUCCAACUCUAAAUAAUAGUAGUGUUUCUACGAAAAUAUCACGCAAAAUAGAUAAUAGUAUAACAAGCAGUAACUUGGCAAAAUUUUUAGCAUGGGGCUUGCCAGCGUUUCAAACAGCUGCAGUGAUUGUUGCACGAUUGGUGGAUGCUGAUGAGUUGUUAGGUGCAUGUUAUGUAGGCAACCAAUCUGAUAAAGGACUCCAGAUUUUAGUAGCUACACCAUUGUUUUGUUAUUGGAUAUUCGGAUCAAUGAAUUUAGCUUCCGGAUUUUUAGUUUAUCGUCGAAACAGGGAUAUUUUACGCAAUACGAACUCUACAUCACUGCAAUUAUUACUACAGACGAAAUGUAGUAUUUCCGGAGUAUUUUUAUUUAUUUAUUGUUUACCUUAUGCAUUACUGCUAUUAUCGGUGAUAUAUGAGUUUGCAAACAUCGACGUAUGGCUAAGUGAAUCACCUUACGGCCAAACUCCAGAAUGGCCAUUUUUGACAAGAGCUUUUAUGGAAUUAGUGCUAUGUAUUGUUUGUUCUGCUUGCAUUUUGGGACCAAAAAUCUCUUCAUUAUAUAAACGUCAGUUAGAAGUUCCUCCAACAAAAACACAACAAUUAAAUAUGCAGGCUGUGCCUGCUCAACAUAAAUUAAUUGGGCACAAUUGCAAUAGUCGUGUUUCAAAUAAUGCCUAUAGUACCACAUCUUAUCAGACUGUCCGAGAACCAAAAAAACCUUCCCAACAUACAAAACAUUUAAGUAAUACAAUUUCAAUGAAUCAGUUGCCCAACUAUUGCUCUGGACGAACUAAAAUUCCAAAAAAUUAUGUGAUGUAUCCCCACUUAGUGAUAAAUUCCUCAGCUAGUUGCAACACAAAUUCACUACAUCGCUACAGCGAUGAAACUAUUUUGUAGAGUUUUAUACAUCUACAUUGAAACUACAUACAAUUAUACCAUGUAUUGUAUAAGAUUGUACAUUGUAAGACUGUGAUAUGCACUAAUGUACUGCUAUCUUAAUUAUAUAUUUUUAUUAAAUGCUAAAUGGAUUAUUACAAAAAUUCUUUUGAUAAAUUUAAAUAGAAUUAAAGUAUGUAUUUUUAAUUUUAACAAACAUAUCGUUGUUGCUGUGAGAGUAAAAACCUUCAUUUUUAUUACACAUUAGUGCCGGUCUGCACGGGGAAACUUGAUUUUGUGAAAGAAAGAGAAAAAAUAUCAUUAUCAGCCCGCCACUUAUUAAUUUUGAUGAUUUCUAACAAAUAAUGAUAUCUUUAAAUAAUGAUAUAUACAUAUCAUAGGAGCAACUAUGAUAUGUAUACAUUAAUUACAGUCUUAGGUACUUUAACUUAAAACAUGACCAUUUUUGAUGAUGAAGGGUACACGGAUUGAUAUAGCACAUUAGCACUUACCAUAACUUUAAAAAUAUAUAUUGUUCGCUAUCAUUAUAAUCUAGGUAUCUCGGAGUAAGGCCUAGAUUAUAAUCCUUUUAAUAUAUCCAUUCAUUUGUAUCUACUCCAUGAUGCGAAAUGUCAGCAUUUAUGUUUUAUAGUUAUAUAUACAUUGUAAUAUUAACAAGUAAGAGUGCUAUAUUCGGCUGUACAGAAUCUUAUAUACCCUUCACCAUAGUGUAUUUUAAACAUAAUUGAUCUUACAGUCUAGUUAAUAAAAACAUUAAAAAAAUUUGAGUCGAUU